UAAACAAAUACAAUUUAAGAACGAAAAAAAAAAGUUAAUCGAAAUUGAGAUUUUCUCUUUUCAAACAUAUUAUUUUCCGUUUGAUUAUUUAACUUUUCCAUUUGAUUUCUUGUGAGCAAAUUUUCGUUUCAAGACGUUUGGUACAUAUUUUGAAAGUGGCAUUUAUUGUGUGUGAUCCAAAAAGAAGUCAAACUCGAUAAACGACUCAUCAAACAUCAAACGAAAUAAUAUUAAAUUAACUUUCAUAGCAGCAAAAAAAAAUUGGCAGAAAGCUCUGUGCGCGUGUAUAUGUGUGCGCUGAGGAUUGGCAGAAGACAGCAGUAAAAGCAAUGGAUGAAUACUAUUAAAUUGGAUGUAACGCUGUGGAUGACUAGCAACAGUAUUGUGAUCUCAAGGAACGAAGCGAUUCAUCCAUAUUUUCGUAUGACCUGAUUAACUUUAAUAAUGGGCCAAAAUCCAAAAUGGCAUGCAGAACAGUUAAAUCGAUAUAUUUCCGACUUCAGCAAAACCAUUCAUAAUAUUAGUAACUUGGACAAUUACCAUUCAGAUAAUCACUUCACUUCAAGUGGAAUUUCUAAUGAGAAAAACGGUAACUUGGCACAAAACUUGGCCGACAUCAAUACAAACCGUGCUGUAAUCGCAUCUUCUGAUUCAUUGUCACCAUUGUCCACGACGACAACAUCGCAUCUAAACAAUAGAUUACAAUCGCUCACUCAUCGACAAGUGCAUCAGUUUUCGGGCGACACGUUUGUAAGCCGUUUUUCCGAUGCCGUUCAGUCAGCGUUAACAUCGAAUUUACAACAACAUCAACAAGCCAAUUCAACAGCUACAAAACUGCUUAACGACAAUACAAAUAAUUAUGAUGAUGAUGGGUCAAUUAUUUCAAACUAUUGGAUGCUUUUGUUGAUUGUACUCUACUUCCUUGUGGUGCUUGGUGGAAUUUUUGGUAACGCUUCGCUCAUUGUAACACUUUUCACACAAUCGUCAGCUCGCCUUCGUAAUCCAUUGUUGGUUGCAUUAUGCAUUGCCGAUUUAAUGGUAACCGGUGUUUCAGCACCAUUGACUGUCGUUGCACUAAUUCUCGACGCACGAAAAACCAUCACCACAACACUCAUUUGCAAAUUAAUUCAUUUUGUGCAGUCUGUUCCAGUGGCUGCGAGUACGAUAAGUUUGUUGAUGUUGUCUCUCGAUCGAUAUGCUACUGUUAAACAUCCACGUUUGGCACAACUGCGUCAGCGUCGUUUUUUACCAACGUUUCUUGCGUUUGCCAGUUGGAUUAGCGCAAUUUGUGUCAGCAUUCCGAUUCUUCUUGAAAAUAGUUCAUACUAUGAUGAGACAGAGGUUAAUUCAACACGAUCAAAUCACACAGCGCAAACAAUGUUGCCCGAAUUAACUAAAAAGUUGUUGAUUGAAAACGAUAUAAAAUCCAGCACUCUCAGCACAAAUCCAUUUGCAUCCAUUGCAAACGCGACGAACGAAACAAUUCGAAAAAAUGACGAGUUGAAAUCAUUGUGUCAGCUAAAUUUUGGGACAAUGCAAAUGCCCAGUGUUUUUCUAACAAUUUACACAUUGUUGGUGUUCAUUUUACCCGGAAUAGGUGUGAUUUUAAACCACUGGGGUGUACAUCAUAAACUGUGUGCAUUGUCGCUUACGGCUCGAGCCGCACACGGUGAAUUACCAUUGCCGAUGCCCAUCAUGAGAAGACCGACGCAUAUGAUUAUCGUUACUGGAAUGGCCAAUGCCGAUGCGGUACGUGAAGACGACGACAGCACAAAUGACGAAAAUAAUCAGCAAAAAGAUGAAAGACGACAUAUGAUGGAUUCAACGCGUCUAAAGGCCACCCCACGUACACCAAGAUCAUUACGAUAUGGACAUAGUAUUCGAAGUCAUGCGCAUAAUACUAAAAAUGCGGCACCAUCCGAACUUCCAUUAACCCAAACCUCAACGUUGCGGUCACGUCGACGUUUAGCACGACUUUUGGUUGCUGGUUCAUUUGUAUUUGUUUUCUGUUGGUCACCACACGUUAUUUUUCUCAUUUGCACAAAAUGGUCAGCACGUGAAACGUACUCGAAAACGGCUGCUAAUUAUUCAUUACUUUUGGGUUACACACAUUCAGCAUUGAAUCCAAUAUUGCAUUGGCUGCUAAAUCAAAAUUCGUUACGACAAUCGUCAUUACUAUCCCGUUUAACCAGUGUUCAACGCUAUCUGCAAACCCAUUUUCAUGAGCGAAAUCACCAACCACCGCCAUCCUCAACCAAUGAGGCUGCCUUAGGCCCCUUCAAUCCUCGCUUCAUCAAAGCUCGACCACAACCAUAUAACCAACCACCAGCUUCGUCACAUUUUAUGUAUUAAUUCGUGAAGGUGAAAGACUGUUUUAUGGCUGCUCGAAUAGUGAUGGACACAGUCAAGUUAAGUACAGGAAAGGAAUUGGCCAAAGUAAACGAAAAACCCCAAAAGUACAUUGGCAUUAAUUAGUUUGAAAAAACCGCACGUGUGAAAGGAUGCGAAUGUUGAAAUUGAAAGUGAUGCAAUUGACAAAAGAGAUAACAUCUUUAUGAUAACACAAAGCCAUACGUUUUGUUUACAAAUACUUGAAAUGCAAUGUGUUCUUCAUCAUGAGUGAAGCAGAUGAAGUGCGAGUGGCUAACCUCAUCGGAAUUAAGUGAAAUAUUUCUUGUCGACUCUGUCUCUAACGCUAUCCAUAUCUCUCCCUCUCUCUCUCCCUCAAUGUCAAAUUAAAAGAAAAUAGUAUUGAAGCAAAAAACAAACAACAAUCAAAAGAACAUCAUCCAUAAAAGCAAUGAAGCCUCUCGAAUACAAAUGAGAUAUAUGCGGACUGCGGAGUGUAUGUGCGCUUCUAUUGGAUUGCAUAAGUUGCACGAUGACAAAUGUCAGAUUGUUGGAAUUACAGUUCUCACCAUGAAUUCUAUGUAAGUGGCGUAUAUGUUUUUGUAUUACUAUGUGAAAUGUAUUCCAUAAAUAUCAAAGACUAGUGUCCUUUUCAGUCUAUCAUUCGCAUUCAUUCGUUUAUUUUUUCUAAAGCACCUCUGCCAUUCGCUUAUGCAACAAGUUCAAUGCAAUUUUUUUCUCUUCAUUUUUUUUUGUUUUGUUUUGAAAGUCAAACAUCAACAUAAGUGGAGCAACUCAAAAGACAAUGACAUUUCUCAAACAAAUAAUAAAAUGGAAUCCAACAUAUUUUCUUUUAUUGACUCUUUAUGCGCUUCUUGAAUUAUUUGACGCACGUUGCAGAAUUACGAUAACUGUUUUUUUUUUGUUUAAUAUCGACUCCAGUUUAUAGCACACAAUUGGAGGAAAAAAACUGAGGAAAUUUCUUUCGAACAAAUGAGAAUACUUUUUUUCAAAUGAAGUAGAAUUCAUUGUAUUAAAAUUAUAUAACAGAACAGAUGUGUUUAUGGAGCGCAUGAAAAACCAUUCUUUAUUACUCGAAAUAUCGUUUAAUCGAAUUUAUAUCGCAAACUUUACUUAACAUUUUGAAUUUGAAUACUCACUUACUCUCCAGUUCAUGAAUCAAUAUUAAUUUUCAGACGUAUACAACAUCGUCUGUGUCAGUGGAGAGUUUCUAAUUCAAAAUUGAGUUUGCUUACUUGAUUUUUUUUUGAAAAACCCUAAUCCAAAAUUUAAGUCCGAGAAAAUGUACAAACUCUCAAAUAUAACGAACGUUAUGCCAUUAAUAAUGCCGAUAUUGAUGAUGUACGCAUGAGAAAAACUCAAGUACAUCUUGAACAAAAUCAAUAUCUUAUGAUAAAAUGAUAUGAACGAUAAAAUUCGGCAGAUUUUCUUCAUGGUGAAAAUGAACGUAAUAGAUAUACUUUGAUAACUGAAAGUGUUUCAUCUUUUUGCUGCUGAUAUUAUGUUGGGUGAAAUCUGUCCUUUUGUUUUAAAGAUCGAAAAUGGUGAAUUGUACAUGAAAUUUUGUCUCGUGGGAAACAAGGACACUGUCACUUUUCAAGUCAAUCAAAGUAAUUAUGAUUUCCGUCCUUUCAAAGAGUAGAACAAAUUGUUUUUAUCUGGAGCAAGUGUAUGAAAGAUGCUCCUACAAAGUAUGAGAGAUAGAGAGAGUAAGAGAUGAGAUACGAGAAUGACUUUCAGAUAAUUUACAAGUGUACCCUCUGCUUAAAAAAGGGUUCAUAUCCAUAUGGUCUACUUCACAGCUGAUACAGAUGUCUUCGAAAAAAAUAUUCCAAAGUUGCGGAGAUGAAUAGUGCUUUAGGCGGACGUUGUAUAAAUUACUCAAGUUUUGAAUCUCAUCAAAUAUUAUUGAUUUUAGAGAACUGACACAGAGUUUCGGAGGUUUUCACUCCUAUUAUUUCAUCGCUGAUAGCGAUGGAAAAGACCCAGACUUUGUUGAAAACUGCGAUUUUUUUUUUGCUAUUCAAUUUCAUCUUCAAAUUACUUCCUUUUGAGUGAAGCACCCAUUUGAAUUGAAAAUAUCCCGAAUUAUCCUUUUGGAGUUCACAAUCAUUUGAACCUCUAAUUGAUUGCAUGACAAUCAAAAAUUGAUAGGAACUUCUUUUCAUUCAUCCGCCUCUUUUUAUUUACUUGAUUGCAAAUUUUGCAAAUGAUUUGAAUAGAAAUAUGAAUCAAGGAAAUAAAAAUUGAUAAAUUGAGAUAAAAUGAUUCAUCGUUAACACAUUGAAUGCUUGAGUAAAGUAUAAUGAUGUCUCUAGUAGUAUAUAAUAUUUUAAUAAGCCAAUUAAUAAUUGAAUCUUUCGUUUAAACGGCAUAAGAAUGUAAACAAAACAAAACUGAGAGGAGAUGAUUCGGCACAAAAUAGUCUACCUUUUAAGAUAUUUAAGCUUCCUGAAACAAAACAAAAAAAUAAUACUAUUUUCAAAUAUGUGCUGUACUAUUUGUAUCUGUGAUUCUAACUUAAAAUGAGAGUAAAAAAGAGCAACCUAUACAUACAAUAUAUUUUUCAAUAUCUUUUCAAUAACAAAAUAUGUGAAAUAAUAGUGUCCACUUUGAGGUAAGAACGACUAAUUAAAAUAUUCAUUUGAAAUAAAACACACAAACAAAUUUCAAUGAAGUUUUAAAAGUUAAGUACAAAGAUUAGCUAGGCACAUCUACGGAAAUAUGUGUGUUUUAAAGUAUGUAUAUAUAGA